AUGAAUCACUCGAUCGCCAAUACCACCGGUAAUUGGGAAGGAACUCGAGGCUGGGUACGACAGCCUAAUAACCGCGGCUCCCUGGACAUCAUCAUAUCGUGUUCUAUCACUAUCUUCCUCUGCGCCUGGACCUCCAUCUGCGUCAAUGUCCCAUCCCCGGAACAUGGAGUGUGGGAGAUAUUCAGGGAUCGAUGGCACAUGCUCUGCUUAGGUGGACUGGGCCCGGAGUUUGUUGUCCUGAUCUCUAUCGGACAGUUUUGCAUGGCAAGGGCAUCUGUCCAAGCCUUUGCUAAGACGAAGCAUCAAAGCUGGACUAUGAAGCACGCCUUCUUUGCUGACAUGGGAGGCAUCCAUUUGCAGUUCCCGAACACGAAAUCGUUUCCGGUAAACGGCAAACAGCUUCACUUCCUCGUCACGAACGGAUACAUUGUAUACCCUAGGAUCAGCGCUGAAGACAUCGAUGAUAAGAACAAAGCUAAUGGACUUGCUAGGACGAUAUGCACCAUCCAAAUCCUCUGGUUUACCCUAAGCACCCUCUCUCGUCCCAUCGCACACUAUGCGAUCACGACGCUCGAACUUACUACGCUGGCGUAUAUACUCUGCACUCUCGCUACACUGUUCUUUUGGCGAUGCAAGCCGAUGGAUGUUCGCACUCCGAUCACGCUGGAGUGCUCUACCCCGCUGGAACGAAUAUGCGACCGCAGAGGUCGUACGGCUGCGGAACCAUACUACUACACGCCGCUGGACUUCAUCAGUCGCGAAGAAUGGAUAGCGACCCGACUCUGGACGUAUUAUGUCAACCUCCUCCGCCAAAUGCACCUCAUCCACACAUACAAACGUUCCCUUCCCAUCCGGCACUUCUCCUCAUUCUACAUCCCUCUUCCAACACGACCCUUACUAUUUACGAUGCUAGCAAUUGCUUUUGCAUACACUGGUAUCUUUAUCGCGGGCUGGAACUUGCACUAUCCCACCGAGAGUGAGCUAAUCCUAUGGCGGACGUGCACCUUGGGGACCAUGAUUAUUACCGUCAUCGGUAGCCUCUUCGAAGUAACCAUGAUGUUCGUUCAGUAUCGCCGCCGGCACACCAUUUCCGCCCUUAUCCACAACCCGGAUAUCGAGAUCAUGCCCCUGGACCCAGUUGGCCGCCCCAGCCAUCCAUCCGGCAAGCCGACGAAACUGCAGGUGACACUGCAGAAUAUCCGCAACAACACCCCUGAAAAAGAUCCGCAUUUCGACAUUCCAAUUAGGUCUUUGAUUGUUACGACUCCCAUAUGUGCUUUGUAUGUUAUUUUUAGAGGUUUUAUAUUGUUGGAAGAUGUCAUCUCUUUUAGGGAGCUUCCAGCGAGCACCUUCGUGACAAUUAACUGGUCAACGCACGUACCGCAUUUUUGA